UCCAUCUAGCCUCAAAUUACAGUUUUACCCUUGUUAUCCCUAAAUAAUACUCCUAUAUAGAGUUUAACACAACAUGAACAAACCAAGAAAACAACUAAACAAGCUGCAGGGGACUCAUAAUUUCGAGCAUGGCUCCUGCAAAAAAUGCCACUGGCCCUCAUGCUCCGUUGCUCGGCUUGCGGCCCGCGAAGCGAGCAUCGACAUCAGGGGCAGUGUUUAAUGUCUCGACCAGCAUUAUAGGAGCUGGAAUUAUGUCCAUACCAGCAACUUUGAAAGUGCUAGGUGUGGCUCCAGCUUUCAUCUUGAUUGUUCUGGUUGCGGUUCUGGUAGACAUUUCUGUGGAGUUCAUGUUGAGGUUUACGUAUGCCGGUGAGACCAUGACUUAUGCUGGAUUGAUGAAGGAGUCAUUUGGAAGAGUGGGAUCUGUGGCAGUUCAGAUUUGUGUGAUGAUCACUAAUUUUGGUUGUUUGAUCAUAUAUCUUAUUAUUAUCGGAGAUGUAUUAUCAGGAAACCUGCAAGACGGAUCAGUUCACUUGGGCGUACUGCAAGAAUGGUUUGGCAUCCACUGGUGGAAUACUCGUGCUUUCGCUCUCCUUUUCACUGUUGUAUUCAUUCUGCUUCCAUUGGUCCUCUUCCGUCGUGUAGAAUCAUUAAGGUUUAGUUCUGCAGUAUCAGUUCUGUUAGCAUUGGUGUUUGUGGGAAUAUGCUCAGUAAUGGCAAUCUCAGCGCUCCUGGAAGGCAAAACAAAUACUCCGAAACUAAUACCUGAAUUGGACAGCAGGGCCUCCUUCUUCAACCUCUUCACUGCAGCUCCUGUUAUUGUCACUGCAUUUACAUUUCAUUUCAAUGUUCAUGCUAUUGGAGGGGAGCUCGGGGAGGCAUCGAAGAUGACCUCAGCUGUUCGGAUUUCUCUAGUACUAUGUUCUGGAAUCUACUUUACCAUUGGGAUCUUUGGAUACCUGCUGUUUGGAGAUUCGAUUAAUGCAGACAUACUAGUGAAUUUUGAUCAGGGUUCUGGAUCAGCAAUGGGAUCUUUGCUAAAUGAUGUAGUCCGAUUAAGCUACGCAUUCCACCUAAUGCUGGUGUUUCCUCUGUUGAACUUCUCUUUGAGGUCCAACCUUGAUGAGUUACUCUUCUCUAAGAAGCCUACUCUGGCAACUGACAACAGAAGAUUUUUGGUUCUUACCUUGGUUUUGUUAGUUUUAACUUACUUGGUAGCUAUAGCCAUCCCAAAUAUCUGGUAUUUCUUUCAGUUUCUAGGAUCAACUUCUGCAGUCUUCCUUGCAUUCAUCUUUCCAGGCGCCAUUGCUAUCAGGGAUGUUCAUGGCAUAUCUUCUAAACGGGACAAGAUUACUGGAGCAACAAUGAUAAUAUUAGCUGUAAUUACCAGCUUAAUUGCUAUUUCCAGCAACAUAUACAGCUGGGCAGGGGACAGUUCUUGAUUCUUUUUGGCCCCGCUACACAAAGAUUUAAUCUUUUGUUGUCAUCUCAUGUAAGCUUGUAAUGAUGUAUUCUAUAAUUUCUAGCUCUAAGUUUACAGGUCAGAGGAAGAAAAAUGCAACCAAAUUAUACAACACAAUUCUUUUGAAUUAGAGGUAUCAAUGUACUUUUAAUAUACUUCGUGGAAAUGUAUUUGCUUAGAAAAUCUCA